AUGCGCUUGAGUUACUUGCACACGUACUUCAUCUUAGAAGAGGCAACUACAACAGAAGAACCGACUUCUACAACCGAUAAUGGAACAUAUACCACUCCAUCAGAUACAACUACAAUAACACCGACUUCGAUUCAUGGAAAAAUUACAAUUCCGUUAGAUACAAUUACAAAUUUACCGACUUCUAAACCCGAUAAAGUAACAAAUACCACUCCAUCCGAUACAGCUACUGUACCGACUUCUACAAUCGAUAAAGAAGCAAAUACCACUCCAUCAGAUACAGCUACAGUACCGACUUCUACAAUCGAUAAGGAAACAAAUUCCACUCCAACCGGUACAACUACAGUGGCGACUUAUACAAUCGAUAAGGAAACAAAUACCACUCCAUCAGGUAUAGCUACAGUACCGACUUAUACAACCGAUAAGGAAACAAAUACCACUCCAUCCGGUACAACUACCACAGUACAUACUUCUACAACCGAUAAUGGAACAAAUACCACUUCAUCCGGUACAACUACCACAGUAAAUACUUCUACAACCGAUAAUGGAACAAAUACCACUUCAUCCGAUACAACUUCCACAGUAAAUACUUCUACAACCGAUUAUGGAACAAAUACCACUUCAUCCGGUACAACUACCACAGUAAAUACUUCUACAACCGAUAAUGGAACAAAUACCACUUCAUCCGGUACAACUACCACAGUAAAUACUUCUACAACCGAUAAUGGAACAAAUACCACUUCAUCCGGUACAACUACCACAGUAAAUACUUCUACAACCGAUAAUGGAACAAAUACCACUUCGUCCGGUACAACUACCACAGUAAAUACUUCUACAACCGAUAAUGGAACAAAUACCACUUCAUUCGGUACAACUACCACAGUACAGACUACUUCAACCGAUAAUGGAACAAAUACCACUUCAUCCGAUACAACUUCCACAGUACAGACUACUUCAACCGAUAAAGGAACAAAUACCACUCCAUCCGAUACAACUUCCACAGUACAGACUACUUCAACCGAUAAAGGAACAGAUAUCACUCCAUCCAAUACAGCUACAGUACUGACUUCUACAACCGAUAAAGGAACAAAUACCACUCCAUCCAAUACAGCUACAGUACUGACUUCUACAAUCGAUAAAGAAACAAAUACUACUCCAUCAGAUACAGCUACAGUACCGACUUCUUCAACCGAUGAUGGAACAAUAACCACUCCAUCCGAUACAGCUACAGUACUGACUUCUACAACCGAUAAAGGAACAAAUACCACUCCAUCCAAAACAGCUACAGUACCGACCUCUUCAAUCGAUAAAGAAACAAAUACCACUCCAUCCAAUACUGCUACAGUACCGACUUCUACAACCGAUAAGGAAACAAAUACCGAUCCAUCAGAUAAAGCUACAGUUCCGACUACUUCAACCGAUGAUGGAACAAUAACCAAUUCAUCCGAUACGAUUUCAGUUGCAAGUGGAAGAAGGAAGCGGGAUGCAAACGAGAGAGAACGAUCUGGUUUCUGGAGAAAUGGGCAUUGUGAUUGCAAUAAUAAUGCAUCAUCAAGUUUUAGUAUUGAAAUGGAAGUAUUGUCUGUGACUAUGAAGUCAUUUGCAAAGGGGACGUUAAUCUCACGGAUAUAA